AUGGCUAAAGCAUUAAAACAAUACAAACAUAAAACAAAUAAAUCAUAUCCUUUUAAUCAGUUGGAUCGAGUCAAACGUGAACAGGCACAAAAGAUGACUUUCAUUCCUGGAGAAGCAUCAGAUUUCUAUCGCUACUGUCAACGUGGCGCUACCAAUUUCAUGCGUAGAAUACUAGAAGAUGCUGCUUCGGGUGAUGGACCAACAAUCGAUGAAUUAAAUGCUUUGCAGCCGAAUGGUAGUACAGCACUCCAUGCAGCCACAUACUACGGAUAUAAGGACAUCGUUGAACUCCUUUUGCAUUACGGCUGUAAUCGGAUUACGUUGAACCGAUAUGGAAAACGGGCCUAUGAGGAAGCACAGACACCGGAAAUGAAAAAAUUAUUCGAUCGACCUAACUCAACCAAUCGUUUCCAUGAAUUGGAUCCAGUUCAUAUGAUGGCUCUUUACAUAGCUGAAGAAUCAACAACAAAUCUAAACUCUAAUGCCACAUUCAAUUACGUUCAUUUCUUCAAAUCAGAAGAUGAAAUUCUCGAACAUUCACUAAACCAAGAAGCAACCGCCCUUUGGCUCAAAAUUUACAAUUGGUUUACGCACUCAUUUCGUUCAUUUCUUCAGACUGAUAAUUUCAGUGUGGACACUUUUGAUCUACAAAGUCAUGGUGAUUUCAAGCAAUUUGUUCAGAAUCUUCCUGAUCCUCAGAUGCGUCAAAGUAGUAUGAAAUUCAUCCAGGAAGCUAAUCGAAGAAAUUCAAUUGAACCUCUCAUCACGCUUUAUUCUAGUGAAGAAGCCGGAUUAUAUCGGCCACUCAAUCAACAAUUAGCUUGUUCACCAAGCGAAGCUCAAACCAGUCCACAUCUGUGCGAUCGAUUUGUCAUGGAAUUUUAUCUCAAGCGAAAAGAACUCAAACAACGAGCCUUCACUGGUACCGUUUAUCGUGGUGCUACACUCUCUGUUGACGAUGUCGCUGUUUAUGAAUUAGCUCUACUGAAUGAUUCUAUGGCGGUGCUUGGUCUCAAAGCGUUCACAUCGACAUCAAUCGAUGCACUCAUUGCUCUUGGUUUCGCUAUGAAAACUCCAAUUGUUGAAGGACAAAAACAUGUGCUCUUCGUUUUUGAGAUCGAUAAAGUCUCAUCAACAAUCUUUGCCAUCGAAGAUAUUUCCAUUUAUGGACAAGAGCGAGAAGUACUUAUUUUGCCUGGAACACUCUUCAUAGUUACUGACGUUCAGGAAAAUAUUGAUCUCCAAGUUAUACAAAUUGUUUUACGUCAUUGGAAAGUCUCUUUUUCCUUCAUGACGAAAUUGAAACAAACACUUCGAUCGGGUAAAAAGAGUGUCAUCUAA